AUGAAGUUUGCGAUACAGGACCAACGUAGCGAAUACGAUUACGUGCAGAAAGAAACAUACAGCGUAUUUCAGCCGAGGAAAUACCUUUGCGCUUUUCCACGUCAACCGGAGAGGAAGAUCACAGAGAACGAUGGUCUGCCACAGCAAGUUUGCUUAAGGUGCUGCGCAAAACUUGAUUUCGCGUGUGACUUCUUCGAGGAUUGCCACAACGUUCAGCAGGAAUUCGCAAUAUUGACUAGUCAAGAUAUGGCAACAGCUAUAAACCAAAGAUAUGACGUUAGGAUUGAGGACGAAGGCAAGAAUAAAGAUAAGGAUGAGAACGAGAAAGAAACUAAUAAAGAGAAUAUCGUGCCAAUUGUAAAAAAGUCUAUAAAUUCAAAAAUAAUCCGGAAAAGUCGACCGAGGCCACAAAUUAUCAAGAAAAACAAAAAGAACACCACACCACUCAAGGAACAAGUUCAAAAUAUCAUCACCACUAACGCACUCCAUCAGAAAGCUUCGAAUGAUCUAUCGGAAGUAGCAGCUUGCGAUAACGGAAGUAGCAGCUGGCCAGUUUGCAAGUCACAAAUAAUGAUCGUGAAGGAGGAGAACGUCGACAGCGAGAAAACGUCCUCGCACAGUCAUCAACUAGUCGAGACUUCGAGCAAGAAUGAUGAUGUGAUGCAGACUCCUAUUGAGAAUUCUCAAUCAAACGAUAGCAGAGCAUGCCAGGAAUCGAAAAAGAAUGCGUCUUGCAUCGAUACAAUGUCCGGCGAUCAGGAAUCAAAAGUCGAGUCUGAUUCAAUGUUGAAUCAAACGACCAAUAUCAACUCGAAUGAUGUCUCUUUCGUAAAAAUAUUUCAUGACGGUGACAUGAAGACCGCUAUCGCGUCGCCAGUGCCAGUGCAGAGUGACUCUUUUAUUUUGGAGAAAUUGCAUGAAAAGGAGCAGACGAACGUACAGGACGAAGCGUCCUGUGUGUCCAAAGAGAAUAAGACCGAAAGAAAGAGUACUAUUAAGAUUUCUCAAUUGAUGAGUGAAGAACAAAAAAGGUUGAUUGAGACAAGUUACACGAUAAAUUUAAGUCUCAUGAAAUACGAGGUGCAAAACAAAAUGACUGUGCUGAGCAAGGAUAAUAUUAAUUGCAAUAUUUGCGGGGCGAAUUAUUCCAGGCCAGACAAAUGUAAAGUCCAUAUUAUGAGUCAUUUGAAGAUCAAACCCUACGAAUGCAUAAAAUGCGAUUAUACGACAGUGACAGUAAGCAACAUCCGCGCUCACAUCCGGAAAAGUCAUCUAAAAAUCAAACCGUACGUCUGCGAGCAAUGUGACAAAUGUUAUCCGAGCAUGGUACUUCUGCAGGAGCAUAUUAACAUUCACACAGGUGAACGGCCGUUUAAGUGCCAAAUUUGCGGCACUGCCUAUGGAAGUCGACAAGGAUUAAAUUGUCACUACAAAACACACAAACAGGACAAAGAUAUUAAAUGUGACAUAUGCCCUAAAAUGUUUAAAUCCACGGCCAGAAAGAGAGCUCAUAUGCUCAUCCAUAAUAAAGAGAAUAUGAUUCAAUGCACGAUGUGCAAAAACUAUUUAUCAAAUAAGAUAAGUCUUGAUCAGCAUCUGCAAAAGGUUCACUCGCAGAAAUAUAUCUGCAAUAUUUGCAACAAGGAAAUGCUGUCUAAGAAAGACUUGUACAACCAUAAGAACGUACACAUGAAGGCUAAGCAUCAAUGCAGUUUAUGCUCCAAAUGUUAUAAGAGCAAGCACAUUUUGAAGGAACAUAUACUAAAACACGAGGGUAUCCGAAAAUACAAAUGUAAUGACUGCGGAAAAACAUUCGCUCAACAAUCGCAUUUAGCUGCUCAUUCAGCUACACAUAGCAGUGUUAGGUUUUCCUGUUCGGGUUGUUGGAAACAAUUUAAUCGUCGCGACAACAUGAAGACGCACACCAAACGUUGCCAGUUCUUUCUGCAUAUGAAAGAUAUACUUAUACCAGAAAUUGAUGAGAAAUGCAGCAAUACACGGACGGAAAAUAAGACAGAAGACACAAGAUGACGAUUGACAAAAUGCACCACUAAUAUGAUUCAAUAUGAUAUUGAAUUGAUAUUGAAGAAAAAAAGCAAACUAAGACAUUAGAGAUGAUAUGUUCUACAAUAAAUAAAAGUUUACAAUAAAUUAAAGUUGAAGAGGAAUACAUGAAUAUCGUGUCGACGUGAUUGGAUAUCAUAGAUAAAUAUUCUUAAUUAAAAAUUCGCUAUCAUGUUUGAGUAUACUGUAAAAAUUGUAUUAAUAGCGGCAAUAUUUUUUUCAUAUUCAUUUGGUAAAUUUAACAAUGGUUGUACAAGUCUCGGACAGCAUUUUCUUUUUGCAAUCAUCGCAGAUAUAUUUCCGCGAGUGAACUUUUUGCAGAUGCUGAUCAAGACUUAUCUUAUUUGAUAAAUAGUUUUUGCACAUCGUGCAUUGAAUCAUAUUCUCUUUAUUAUGGAUGAGCAUAUGAGCUCUCUUUCUGGCCGUGGAUUUAAACAUUUUAGGGCAUAUGUCACAUUUAAUAUCCUGUAAUAAUUGCAAGAAUACUCAUAAACAAUGUUAUACUAUGCUUGUUUGUACCAAACAACGUAUUUACGAAACAUUGCAAAUUAAAGUAUGAAAGUUAAAACGCUAUUAGUUAAAGUUUUUAUCACCUUCUUGUCCAGUUUAUGUGUUUUGUAGUGACAAUUUUAUUUCUGUCGACUUCUGUCGAUAGGGGUGAUACAUUUCGUCCUUUAUAUGCAUUCCUGGAAAUUGUUGAUAAUUAAUGGUAUAGUUAAUUGUAUAUCCAUGUAUUGUGUGCGAUUUUAUCCUUUAAUCUGUGUUUGCUGUAUUGUAAUGCACAACUAAAGAAACAUGGUUGUAUUCUUAUAUCUAAAACUGCUGUAGAACAUAGAAAUUGGUGUCAAAAAAAGCUUGUACAACCAUAGGAAUAUAUAUACAGGUUUAGUUAUUAAUUUUACAUGUAUAAACUCUUUAGAGUGUUAAUUUUACGCUGUCGAAUGAAAAUUUCAAAUUUACGUCAUUUUUUAUAUCUACUUGAGAGAUAAUUCAAACAGCAUGCGUACCUAAAAGACAUUUUAUACACAUUUUCAGGACAUUAUGAACAGAUGUUUUAAAUGAAAAGAUAGGAUAUUAUAAAGAUAUUUUAUUGAUAAUCUUCUUAAAUGUUUUAGAAGUUCUAAGAUAUCUUUAAGGCUUGUAACAAUAUUAUGUGGGAAGGAAGAAUGAAAAGACUGUUGAAUAUACUGUUUGGCUAAUUAUAACGGGUACAAAGUUCCUACGCGUCUUUAUCUUUGUGAGCAAUGACUGAUCAUUUUAUAAAUUUAUUUAUCUCUGCGCAAUUGAUUACAUUUUAUUCAUAUACACACAUACGGAGUGUCCCAGAACAAUUUUUAUAGAGCUCAUAGAGGCAUAGGCGGAUUAAGACAAAUAUAAAAGUCUCAUACCGUUUUGCGAUAUUCAUGAUAAUUAUCGUGUUGUUAAAUC